UCGAGCGUCUGCUGUUCGUUUAUGGCGAUAGGAAGCUGGAUCUACUGAGGGAGGGAAAAAACCAGUGACACUCCCAAAAUGCUGUCAUUAGGCCCGAAUUCAAGGAGAUGAGACGUGUCUCGGACUGGCUUUUGAUAAAAUAAUCCUUCGUGUGUUUUUUAUAUGUCUGUGUAUAUUGUGCGCGUGAAACAACAACAAAACUGUUUUGGGGAACAUGGAAGCCGCGUUGGUUCGUGAUCUCCAGAGAGAGCGCUCGGCUGUUUCGAGGUGUAAAAGCGUGAAAGUGAACGGCUGCGGCAGUACGGUGAGCGCCGAGGAGGUGCAGCGACUGGAUUCCUGCAGGGAAGGGGGAGGUGGGUGCAGCGGAUCGGGGCAAGUUCCGCUGCCUUCCAGCGCCGCGGCCACCUUGCACCCUCAGCCCAAGCCUGGUAACCGUAGCUGGAACAACAACUCCAACUCCAACUCGCUGCUGUCCAGGAGGAGACUGAGGAGGAACCUCUCGGCCACCUCUUCGUCCGGCCCCGGCCGCAGCUUGGACCGUAGGAAGAUGCCGGGCACCAAGCUGACUGCGGCCGACCGGGAGUGGGUCCGAGCCGAUGUGCAGAGGGGCUGCCUGCAUCUCUACGAUAGGCACAUGUCCUCCUACCUGAGACCUGUCAUCUGCACCCUGGACACCACCGCGGCCGAGGUCGCCGCCAAGUUGCUGCACCCUGGUCGCACAGGGACAGGGUGUAUACCAAAGGCAAAUGGUGUGGGCAUGACCAGCUUGACCCCUUUGGACAACGCUGGCAGUGCCAGAUCGGGGACAUCAAGGAGCACCGGUGCCAGGCCAGGACGGGGCUCUUUGGUCACGUCGGGACAAACCGAGACAUCGAACAUCAGAUCGUCAGACAUUGCUGCUAACAAGCAAGCACAGCCGUACUUGGCUGCUCACGGAAAACCGGGAUUGUCACUAGGCACUGCUGCCACUGUUGGCCAACACUUAAAUAUCGAUAUUGUCCGUUAUGAGAAAGCUAAUACCACCCUCGCCCGGUUAGGGACGUCACUGGAUAAUCAGAACACCACACAAAAAGAAGUAAAUACAACGAGUGGCACACAGGUGUACUUAGCACCAGUCACUGCCAGAGAUGGACCAAAAUCUGAUACUGAAAUUUACAGGCUUAGGUCUUCAUUGAAAAAUAAUACCAAUCAACUGAAAUUGUCAAACCAUUCUUUCAAAUUGAUGGCUUUUGAAAAUGUUGCUGCUAGACCAUCACUGGAAAGCACCAAGGCGCAUAAUGAAAAUGUAAAUAGCGAUACCAUAAAUGACACUGUGGUCAAGGUAGAAAGUGUGGACAGAUCAGAGUUGAGGAGCGAUUCCCUUGCUGGUGAAGGUCGGCUGAAGUCUUCAAUUCCUGACACUUUGGGAAUGCAGGUGACUGAUGGUUUGCUCACCUCAAUGGUUUAUGUUCAACUUCAUGGCGAAACUACCAGAAGGCUGGAGCCACAUGAAAACCCCCUUGAAAUACAAAAUGAGUACCUCUUUAAACUGGGAUUCAAAGAUCCAAGUAGGGUGCAGGAGGAGGGAAUGGAUGUUGAAAUUGGCUGUCUGAUUCGAUUUUAUGCAGGGAAACCAUAUAGUAUUGACCACUUAGAGCGGAUCCAGCUGAGUGGGUUGUUCAAUGUUCGGAAAGGGAAGAUGCAGCUUCAUAAGUGGACGAAGCGUCAAGUUAUCUUGUGUGGUACCUGCUUGAUUGUUUCAUCUGUGAAAGAUAGCCAGUCUGGAAAAAUGCAUGUUCUUCCUUUAAUUGGCGGAAAGGUGGAAGAAGUGAAAAAGCACCAAUACUGUUUGGCCUUCACCUCGUCAGGACCACAGAGUCAGACCUACUAUGUUAGCUUUGAUACUUUCCCAGAGUAUUUGCGCUGGCUUCGGCAGGCUUCAAAGAUCGUGUCCCAGAGAAUUGGAUCAGUGGAUUUAUCAUGUUGUAGCUUGGAGAAUCUUCCAAGUAACCUUUUCUAUAGCCAGGAUCUGACUCACCUGAACCUCAAACAGAAUUUCCUCAAACAGAAUUUAGGGCCUGGAACAAAUGGUGGUUUGAAUGAUCUUCAAAGGUUCAUGAAGCUGAAAAGUUUAAACCUGUCUAAUAAUCACAUGGGAGAAUUUCCACUUGCCAUUUGUGAUAUACCAACCCUUUCUGAAGUCAAUCUUUCCUGCAAUGCCCUACGAUUUAUCCCUUCAGCAGUUAGCAACAUGGAUAACUUACAGAUAUUUUUACUGGAUGGCAACUGUCUUGGUUCUCUCCCUCUGGAGCUAGGGAAUCUGCUGCAACUGAGCUACCUGAGCCUUUCCUUCAAUGAAUUCAGAAGCAUUCCUGUGGUUCUGGAGAGUCUGAAAGCUGUGGAAAAACUUUGUAUGUCAGGCAACUACGUCGAAACAUUGUGCUUGCAAAGUUUGAGCAGAAUGCCUCAUAUCAAACAAGUGGAUUUAAGACUCAAUCGCAUCACCAAGUUGGACGUAGCAAAUGUGGAUUUCUUGCAACACAUUACUCAUCUAGACCUGCGCGAUAAUAAACUGACUGUUCUUGAUGCCACUGUAUUUGAGAACAUUGAGGUUAUACACUGUGAACGAAACUACCUAACCAGUCUUCAAGUCAGUGGAUAUUUCCUGAAGAAUCUUUAUGCUGCAACAAAUGAGCUUAUAUACAUUGAUGCCUAUCCAGUACCUAACCAUCUCACUGUUAUGGAUCUGUCAAGAAACAGACUGGAUAGUUUACCUGAAUGGGUGUGUGAAGGUAAAAAGCUGGAGACCUUGGACAUCAGCCAUAAUCAAAUUUGUGAACUGCCUGCAAAGUUGUUCUGCAAUAAUAAUUUACGCAAACUGCUGGCAGGUCACAAUCAGCUGCAGAGACUUCCUGAACGAUUUGAACGCACACAAGCAGAGGUUCUUGACAUCCAGCACAACCACCUAAUUGAGUUGCCCUCGAAUCUUUUCCUAAAAGCUGACUGUUUACGAUGUCUGAAUGCUUCAGCAAAUAAAUUAGAGAUACUUCCGCCCUCCUGUGUGUCUGAAGAAAGCAACAGUGUAUUACAGGAGCUGUACCUAACCAAUAAUUAUCUCACAGAUAAAUGUGUACCCUUGCUUACUGGUCACACUUGUCUUAAGGUCCUACAUCUUGCUUACAACCGACUCCAGAGCUUUCCAGCCAGUAAAAUGGCAAAACUCGAAGAACUGGAAGAAAUUGAUCUAAGUGGGAACAAACUGAAAACCAUUCCAACUACCAUUACGAAUUGCAAGCGGAUGCACACUGUCAUUGCACAUUCUAACUGUAUUGAAGUCUUCCCUGAAGUGAUGCAACUCUCUGAGAUUAAGUGUGUUGACCUGAGCUGUAAUGAGUUGACUGAGAUCACGUUGCCUGAAAAUCUGCCACUGAAACUGCAAGAACUAGACCUGACUGGAAACCCCAGGCUGGUCCUGGAUCACAAAACUUUGGAGCUGCUGAAGUAGGCAAUCAUUAUAUCCAUUUAAUAUUGUGUCAGCAAUUAAUCUUGUUAUCCUGUGCAGUUUUCUGUGGCCUGUGGUGAACACAGUCUUUGAACUUUAGAUUUUACUGAGGGUUUAAAUCACUUAAUCUCACUCAAGCAUGAGAAAAGAAUGCAUUUUUCCAGGACACAGCUCAAUAGAGGGGGAGGCGAUGGC